ACAGAUCUAGAGCAACCCUGCCGGUCGAGCACAUUCGCCUCUCAUUUUUGCUGCGAUAGAGUGAGCAAACUAUAUGGCAUGGCGCAGUCAGUCUGCCAGUCAGCCCUCAUCGACUUGAGUCUGAAGCACGGAUGGGCAUGCGCAUGAGAAAGCCGUCUACAAUGUCUACUCGCCUAGGUGCAGGAAGAUGCUGGAUGCGGAUGCGCGAUGGGUGCCCCCAGAGGAGACCCCACACUUCAGUCCGACGGAAGCAACGAAUUUGCGCGCGUUUUGCCAUGGUUAUGGCGCUAAUUCGUUUAUCAGGGCCACAACUGUUAACCCAACGAAUUUGCUCAGCAAGCAUUUGCGAACAGAGACGUGGCUUAUCAUUCCGUUCCGUCACAUGCCAGAUAGUCUGGAUAGGGAAGAUCCGGGGCCUUAGUGAUUGUAUCCCGGAUGCGUCCCUCGCAAGGAAUAACCGAUGCGCACAGAGUAAUAGUAAUGCAUAUGAAGACAGCUGAAAGUCAGUUCAGCUUGAAUGAAUGCAGGAGAAUAUAGCACGGACUAUAAAUAUUGGAUCAUCUGUGCGGUAUCAGUGCCAUCAAUGCAUCAGUGGUGACAAUUAAUAAGCGUCAAACUAGUGCUGAAGCAGAUAUGGAUGGUUUCCAAUAGGCCUAUGACGCACUGAUGACUGGCCUGCUUACAGCCCCA